UUCAAUUUGAAAAAAUUUUCAAUUUUCUACAUGAUAUCCAAUCAUCUUAAAUUAUGGAUUUUCCUUGGACUGUGCAUUAUUUGCUUACUUCGCACACCAGUGACAGCACAAGACUAUGAUUAUGUUGAGUACAAAGAACCAGAAAUAGGGAAACUCAUUGAACCAGCAAAGAACAAUGAAACUACAAUUGCAACUGAGCAAGUGACAAAGGUUCAUCAUGGCUUGCACAAAAGCACCACAACGUCUUCAAUUUCUAAAGAAGACAUUUAUAUUAUUACUAUUGCGUUACUAUUGGCACUAAUAGUGGCAUUAGGCACAGGAUGGUACCUGCACUGCCGAUUUAUGCUCUUAAAGGAGAACUUUAAGAUAGCGAAACCCCUAGAUAUUGAUAUAGAGAAGGGGCCUAAUCCUGAACCAAUCACACCACAAGUACCGCCAGCAGAAAAGAGUCAGAAACAGGCAAAAAAGACAAAAAAGGGAAAGCAACCAAAAGUAAUGGCACAAUCUGAAAGCCAGAAGAAGAAGAAAAAGAAGAAAACACAGGAAAAUACAAAUGCUCCUGCUAAUGCAACAGAGCAGAAAAAUCAAAAGAAGGUCCAGGCUCCCAAGAAACAGAAAGGAACUAAGAAAGCAAAUGGAGCAAAGUAAAAGUGCUUGCUAACAAUGCCAACAGGCAAGCAAUAAGGACUACGUCACUCCUUGUGUUUUGGCAUGAGGAUCACCUCCCAUUCAAUAAAUCUUGUAUUUCCUUCACAAUAUACCACAAAUAAACAUGUUUUAUUUAUU